CAUGUGGGUAUUAUUUGUUCAAGAACAAAUCGUUAUUUGUGAUUCAGUGCUGCAGAUCUAGAUGAAUCUGAAGUGAAAUCAUUGUAUAAACAUGUUGAAGAGACAUUUAUCCUGUUGGCAGUACUGAUAGUCACCAAGUAGUAUGUUACGAUAUACUGGGAAAUUUUUCUGGCAAGGGAAAGUUGGAGGUUUUCCAGCCAUUUUCUUCACCAGAAAUAAGCAGGAUGUAGGCAUUUUAAUCCAAUCAGUAAAUGAAUUUUCUGACAGACAAGACUUCCUAUCUUCUAAUACUGCAGAUACAUCAAAUAAAAAUAAUUUAAAGACAGUUUUCAAGAGCAAGUGUUUGAGAGAAAGUGAAAGUAAAGUAAGACCUACUGUUGGGGGAGAUUCAGGCUCUAUACCAGGGGGUGCUUGGGAGGAUACAUUUGGAAAUCUAACUAAGUCGGAUCAAGAGACAGUGUACCCAGCACUACAGUCUUAUUACAGAGACAACGACCUAGGGGAGGACAGUGAUGAUGAGUGUGAUGAAGCUGAUAGACCUUUAAGAGUUAUAUACCAUAAACUCUCUCCAGAAUGGUACAACAAGCAAAUGAAAAAAUAUGCAAAAGAGGGCAAGAUUGAGCAGGCCAUCGAUGUCCUUGAAGUGAUCAUGCUGAAGAAUGACCGAAUUCGACCAUUACCAAGUCACUUCUACACUCUGAUCUGUCUCAUUAGCAAAACAGGUGAUACAAAGAAAGCUUUCCACUUCUUUUCAAAGAUGAGAGAUUUUGGAUAUAAACCAAUCCCACAAGUUUUCACUGCUCUAUUUGAUGCUUGUUCUAAAUCAGUUUAUGGGAAAGAAGACGGUUUUCAAAGAGCCUCAAAACUUGUCCACACACUGAAAGAAAACAAUAUUACCCCAAACCAAACUACAUUUAAUGCCAUGAUCAAAACCUUUGGAAUGCUUGGAAAAAGUGAGAUAGCUCUUCAUCUUGCUGACCAGAACUUUAGCCUGUAUCGUCCAGAUGACAAAACAAUAGCCAACAUUUUGAUAGCUGCUGCUGGAGAUGAAGAGAAUGGUUUGGCUCUUGCUAUAGGGAUAUGGAGGGUGGCAAGAUUACGUAAAAUAGAACCAACAGUAUUUCAUUAUAUGCUUCUUCUUAGAGCCAUUCGUUGUUGUGGAAUAGGAGAUGAAGACAAAUUCUAUGAAAUGUUGAUUCAGACAUCUCCAUAUGAAAUGCAAGAAAAUUUACAGUUGUCUUUAGCUGAAUUUCAGAAGAGGAUGGAGGAAGGUAGUCAGAGCUCAGAUGAUUACCUCCCAGGUGUAAGUUGUCCAUCAAAGGGAACACCCCCUGGUAGUGUGGCCACCAGCCAGGUUCAGUUGAGGUUGUCAGACAUGAGUCAGACAGAUUGUAAUGUUCUGGAUACUCAUUCUCACGCCAGCACAGUGGCUGCAUCUUCACUAGACUUAAUGGUCUCAAACACAGAGCCACAAGUUUCUUCAGUUUAUAUAAAAUCAGUCAAUUCUAUUAAAACUGACAGUAGAAAUUUUCAAGAUAUUUUAAAACCAGGAGAAAUGUCAAUUCUGAAUAUGCAUAAUAUUAGAAACAAAUAUGAAAGACUCGAGUUGCUUGGAGGAGUAAGUGGGAUUUUGGCCCGCAUGAAAAGGGAUAGAAUUAAACCUAAUGUGGCUGUGUUUGGACAAUUAUUUCACAUUGUAGAAACAUUGGAAGAUGAGGAAUUCUUGUUCUCCGCAAUGGAGGAACUUCAUGUAUCUCCAGAUAUAGACAUUAUAACUCACGCAAUGCUAAAGAGAUUAAGAAGAUUUGAAAAAGAAGAGGCUAAGCGUCUGUUGGAAUUAAUGCAGCAAAAAGGUCUAAUGCCCAACAUUUUUGUGUGGAAGUACCUGGCGUUCAUAGAGUGCCGUAAUGGGGAUGCUCUCAGACAGUUUUUGGAUGAAUUGCAGCACAAAGAUAUUGCUUUGACUGUACACUUGAUGGAUGGUCUUAUGAGGAGCAGUUAUUAUACCUUUGGAGACAAGAAAUAUUUGUUACAGUUGAUGGACAAACUAGACAUCCACCCAACAGAGUACUUUGUGGACAGAGUAUAUGGUAUUAUAAAACACAACAAAGAAAGAUUGAAGAGAAUGGCAUUGCAGAAGGAUGACAAUUCUGAGGAACAGAGAGAAUUUGAUGACUUCCAACAUUACUUUCAACAAUGGUUGAAGACAGUACCAUUGCAGAAGUCAUAGCUGGAAAUAUGAACAAUAUAACCUGUUACCUGUUAUUCUUUACCUAUAUAAAAUUGAUAUUCACA